AAACGAAACAUUCCAUAAAAGUGAAAUACUGUUACUAAUUUCUAUCUUGCAUAAGUUGGAUUCAACAUGUGGUGUCUUAAAGGACGCGAAGACUUGUGCGUUUAUAUCUUACCAAAUCAGAAAAAAUCGUUUGGUAAAUCAUUGAGUGACAUUAAGCUGGAGGGAGAUCCCACAAUUAGUAGAUUACAUGCAGUAGUUUCUGUAGAACCAACAGAAGAAUCAGAGACACAAUAUAGAUGCGUUAUUAAUGAUGUAUCUAAGUAUGGAACCUUUGUUAUAAGAGAUAAUAAGAAGAGAAAAUUGCUUUCUGAUAAGUUUGUUUUGAAAGUUGAUGAUAUAGUACAGUUUGGUCUAAAGGAGUCUACUUUUGUGGUGUUGUGUCAUUCAUUUGUAAUUGCAAGAUCCAGCUUGGGCGAACAAGGUAUUAAGAAAUUACAAGAUAUUGCGCAGAAUUUGAAAGCAACAUUAUCUGAGACUUGGGGGAACUUUUGCACACAUUUGACGGUGGCUGAAAGUACAUUAUUUACCCCAAAAUUAGCUUGUGCAUUGGCAUCCGCCAAACCUGUAGUCACAAAUGCAUAUUGGGAAGCAGUUGACGUAGCUGUCAAAGAAUCUAAAGAAUUACCAAAAAUCGAAGAUUUUCUGCCAAAACUGAGAGAAGACUGGUUGAAAGUGGAUCCAAGAAAGUUUUUACCGGACGAAAAGCGUAGAACAUUGUUCAAAGGUCUCUCGUUUAUCCACUUUUGUGCAAAACAGUAUUCUGCAAAUGCGCCGUUGAUUACUACAGCAGGUGGCAAGUCAUGUGUGUACCCCACGAAGAGACCUUUGACUCCCCGAGAUCUCACUGCAAAAAAUGCCAUUGUCAUACUAUAUCCUGCCAGUGAUUCUACACAACUUACUCAAGCUAUCCCAGCUGAUUAUCCAAUCAUUCAUCGCAAGUUACAAGCUGUCAAACGUAGAAUGAUUUCUGAUUCUGAAAUUCCAAUCGCGGUUCUACAUUGCAACACGGAAACGUAUUGCAAUCCGAAAUAUGAUUUCGCCACAUAUUUACAAUCAGAGACUCCAAACAUUUUUCUCUCUAAUACGAUAAUUGAGAAUACACAGGAUAUUGUUAAUGCCGAUACAAGACAAAUUAAAAGAAAAAUAAUUCCUGAAACUUGCGAUUCUCCAAACAAUGAGAGUGUUUCGAAAAAGGUUCGCUCUGACGAGAGUGAAAGGAAUAUUUCUGGCAAUAUUACGACGACGCAGAACACUGAUAAUAUAGAAUCUAAAUGCAAAAUAAUUCCCGAAACUUGUGAUUCUCAAACUAGCAAGAAAAGUUCGAAAAGUUCCUAUCCUUUUGACGAGAGUGAGAGGAAAUGUAUGUCCGGCACUAAUGAGAGUAAUAUUGCAAUGAACAACGUGCAGAAUGCCAGUAACAGAGAAAUGAAAUGCAAAAUGACUGUCAAAACUUAUGAUUCUCAAAAUAAUGAGAACAUUUCAAGUCGGGUUUUUUACGAAAGUGAACAAAGAUAUGUUUCCGAUACCAGUAGAAGUAAUAUUCUUACGAAAAUUCAGAACAAAAGUAUUAUAAAAAAUAAUUACUCUUCUAACGAACAGAAGAAUAUUUCCGACAGUAACACGAAUAAUAUUUUACCUAAUGACACCAAUAAACACAAAAUUAUUCCCGAGAGCUGCUGUUCUGUAGAAAAAAAUACAAGCGAUAUUUUUUCUGGCAAGAGCAAUAAUAAAGAAGUUCGAAUUAUUCCCGAGAGCUGCUGUUCUGUAGAAAAAAAUAUAAGCGAUAUUUUUUCUGGCAAGAGCAAUAAUAAAGAAGUUCGAAUUAUUUCCGAGACUUGCGAAUUUAAUGAAGAACUCGUUGGAAACAAUGCUGUUACAAAAAAAGAGCAUCAUAUUGUCGAAUUACAAGAAGAAAGUAUGCUGCAAGAAAAUGAGUAUGGAUUUCAACAGCAAGAAAAUUCGAUUGUUGAAAAAGACAAUUUAAAUAAAAAUAAUGAUAAAUUUGCGAGAUGGAAAAGCUCUAAAAAUGCCAAAACUCCGCACACUGUAUCCAUAAACGAGAUUAAUGACAGCGCAGCAACUGAUAUAAAUAUAAAACAAGGAAAAGAAAACAGUCUAUUUGAAAAAGGUUGCUCUAGAGUUGAGUUGCAAGAUUCAUUGAAAAAGCAAAAAUUGAGUCCAGGCUGCAAUUCUGAAAAAAAUCAAGAAGAUAAAAGAGUGAAAGAGGAUAAGAUAUAUACAAAAGAUAAUAAGAAAGAAGAACUUCGAAAAACAGGCGGUAACAAAACAUAUCAAAAUCAAGGAUUUACGGAUAAGAUAUUACGGAAAGAUGUACCUUGUGGCAAGAAAUUUAUAAAGCUUAAGACUCUCAGAAUUAAUAAGCGAGAUUUACGAAUAUACAACGGACAACUUGUGUUUGACGAACGUCUUGGAUGGGAUUAGCAACCUGGGAUCUGCCCCUGUCUACGACAGCAACAGGAUCAAACCAGCCUCCCUUUGAAGGAGCGGAUUGGCAUACGGGAGAACGGUGGGAGUGAGAGAGGGUAUAUAUCCUGUUAAUUACACGAUCUCGGAUUUGCCUGUGACGUUAGACGUCUCGAGCAGGAUGUCUGUUCCCUGACAGACAGAUUGAGUUGCCUUCCGUAUUAUGGACGCGAUUAAUAGUAAUCAUCCUUCCUGUCUCUCGAUCCGUAAGAUCUCAUCGUGCAGUCUCAAUUCGAAACAACAACAGAAUUGUUCCUUGAUCCCUUAUUAAGUAUUUUAUAUAUUAUAAUGUUGCAUCUCUCUCGAAAGAAAAUAAGUCAAAUCGCAUGUGAACCAUUCUAGUCUAUGUGAAAACAAUCACUCUUCAGUACAAUAAAGAUAAUUUCCCAAAAUUUUUUUUAACUUAAAAUACGCUGUAAUUCAAGAAAUUCAAAAACUUAACAUUCGAAAAAAUUUGCUAUAUUUUU